AUAAAGCAGGAAGUGAGUAGUGCACACCAAAGUGAUUAUGGCAGACAACUACAGGGACUAUAAUCUGACAGCAGACCAGCAGGCCAUUAAAGCCAAGUACCCGCCCCUCACUAAGAAAUAUGAGUAUCUGGAUCACACCGCUGACGUGCAGUUACAUGCCUGGGGAGAUACUUUGGAAGAGACAUUUGAGCAAUGUGCUAUGGCCAUGUUUGGCUACAUGACGGAUACAGAGACCGUUGAACCCUUGGAUACUACAGAAGUGGAGGCAGAAGGACAUGACCUGCUCUCUCUUCUCUAUAACUUCUUGAAUGAGUGGCUGUAUAAAUUCAGUGCUGACCAGUUCUUUGUACCCAGGGAGGUGAAAGUGCUUUACAUUGACCGAAUGAGGUACAAAAUACGAUCCAUUGGGUGGGGGGAAGAGUUCUCUUUAUCCAAACACCCUCAGGGUACUGAGGUCAAGGCAAUAACUUAUUCAGCAAUGCAGAUCCAUGAAGAAGAGACUCCAGAAGUGUUUGUCAUCAUUGACAUAUAAAAUGAGAAGAGAACUGCUGAAAGGAGUGAAUACUUGUCAUUGCUGGCAAAGGUCCCACACAGACUCUGUCAUCUGUCUGGAAAUAAUGGAAAAAUUGGCUAUAAAUGUAUUGUAAUACUUGGAGCCAAUAAGAUGCUCCAUCAGCUGGGAGGAGGAAUCACAGGGAACAGCCAUCUAUGAUUUUACUCUUGAGGAUGGUGAACCAGGCUAGGAACUGCAACUCUAGAAAGGAGAGCUAGGUUUCUCUGGUGAGAAGAAAGGGAUUUAUAGGGAGUGUCUCAGUAGCACUAGAUACUUUAUAUCGUGGUUUUUGUUUGUUUGUUUUUAAAGGCCAGCAUUGGUACUGGGUUCCUUUUUAACGUAGGUGGGGGAAAUCAAAAGGGGGUAAUUAUUAAUUUUUGCUAGCCAAAAAUAUAUUUUAUUGAGAUAGCAGGAGGGUGAGAAGACUACAUUGUAACAGAUCUGCAUGCUUUUGCCUUCUUUUAAAGAAACUACCUCUCCUCUAUUUUGCGCUGCUAUGAUACAGAUUUUCAUUUGCUCAUUCCCAAGUGGCAUCUCUGUUUCACUUUAUUUAAAGCCUCUGAGGGUAUGUCUACACAGGAAAGUAAAACCCAUGGCUGGGCCAUGCCAGCCGACUCAGACUCUGGGUGUGGAGCUGUUUCACUGCUGUGUAGACUUUCAGGCUGGUGCCCAGGCUCUGGGACCCUCCAGCCUCACAGGGUCCCAGAGCUUGGACCCCAGCUGAAGCCUGGAAGUCUAUGCAGCAGUGAAGCAGCCCUGCGACCCUGAGUUGGCUGGCACAGGUCAGCCACAGUGACUAGUUGGGAUGUAGACCUACCCUACUCUGCUGCUAGUCUGGUCUAAUUAAUAAGUUUUAACAUGGUGUAUCCUUUUUGACAUGUCUGUGUUAAAAUGACAAGAUGCCACUAGGUGGUGCUGGAUCUCUAUAAAAUACUAGUGUAAUGAAGCAUGUGUCUAUGUGAGCGUGUAGUAUAGUACUAAUGUUUCCUCCUGCCGUUCCCACAAGUAGAGCCUGCAUUUAGCAUUUCUGGUGUAGAAGGGAGCCUACCAGGAUCUGUAUGUCCCAGAAUAAUUAGAACUUGGAAUACGAAGGGCACGUCUCUCCUGUUCCAGUGAUGGCAGUCAAUAAACUAGCUGCUGCUGCUUUUGUAAGACAAGACCGUAGAAACAGUACAGAACAUUCCUCCACUAUCGGACAAUGCAUUGUAAUGCAGGAGGCAAACUCUGACUGAACACCUUUCCUGCAGAGAAGUGUGUGUAAACGUCAUCUUUCUUCAUUGUGCUACACAGUUCUGAGCCCUUGCGUGUAAACAGUGUGGAAGAUUCAUUUGCCUUUCUUUAAAUGGGAAGGUAUAUUUUGGGUUGGCCUUUACCAGCAAGGGAUGGUUGUGGGUAUGGUAGUAGGGAGGAGAAAAAGAAUAAUUACAGCACGUGGAGUUUUUUGGAGGGCAGGCCUCAGUAAAUUAUAUUUGCAGCAACUCUGCCAGAGCUGUGUGAAAGGGGUUUUAGGGUAAACUAGAACUGGGACCUAUAUCUUUCACAGUAGUGUACAAGUCAUCUAUGCAAGUGAUGGUCCUUUGCUGUUUGAACAUUACUGCAUAUAGGGAUCCAUGCAGGACAAUGGUCAUCUUUUCAGAAUGACAGCUUAUGAGCUCUCCUUUAUUAUCAGCAUAAGGACUGGGACCUUUGAAAAGGGAAGGAGCAAAUCACAGACAGGUAUCAGAGACAGCUGCAGAAGAGAUGUUACUAAGUUUGGCUCAGUAUAGCAUGUUCAGAACUAAGGUGACCAGACAGCAAGUGUGAAAAAUUGGGAUGGGGGUUGGUGGUAAUAGUUGGGGCUUUGGCUUAUAUAGGCGACUAUCAGGACUGUCCCUAUAAAAUUGGGACAUUGUCACCCUAAUGAAUCCCACUGCCCACUACCUCAAAAAGAAAGUGUCUAUCACUAAAACUAGGAAAGGUUAAUAUUGUGUUCAGUAUCCUUCCCUUGUUCCAUUGUAUUUUGAGAAAACAAUUACAAAGUGUAGAAAGGGCUACUCACUUCACGCAGCUUUCUUUUAAAAUGUUUCACUUAAGACUGACUUAAAGGGAGGAAUGGGUUUUCUUACAAUCAUGUUCCUGUGCAUGUGUCCAUUUAAAAAUCUCUCAUUUAGUUUAUGUAUAGUGCAAAAUAAAGUUGACCUAAUUGUGCAGGUGUUAUAACAGUCUGAGAGCAGCAUCUCCUAGAGGUGAGACAGAGUGGUAUUGUUAGUUUUGUAGGUGGAGAAGGGAAAAUGUCACCACCAGUUUCCUUCCCUCUCCCUCCAGUUGACCCUCUGCAACUGUUACACAUGGGCAAUGACAUAUUGGCUAAACUGCCCAGGUUGUUGCAAGAUGUACAGUUGUGUUGGCUGCCCACUGCUGCCCUCCACCCCAGAGCUGGCUGCAGAGCUGUCCUGUUUGUCUGGGAAGGGUGGGGUUGUGCAUGUGUGAGCCUGACAACUAGUUGAGCUGAUGAUCAUGAGUGGGGUGGGUAUGUAAUACAACGUAUGAUGGAGGGGUGGGGAGCAAGCCAGGGCUGUGAGGGAAGCUGGGCCUCAGCUGGACACUACUAGGCCAAUGCUGGCUGGUGGGGUGGAGCCAGAGAGUGGGUUGGUCAGGAGGGUUUAUAGCAUAAGAGUGGAACCAGAAGACACACCUGUCUGAGGGCCAGGGCCUGAACAGGGACAGUCUCCCACCCAAGCCAGCCCCUGUCCCUCCCUCAUGGCAACUCAUCACCCCAUUGGGCAAAAACGGUCUGCCGACUUGUUCAGCCAGUAGCAGCGCGGAGUUGACAUGGGGCCAGCGGGAAGCGCUGGAGCUUUGUUUGCCCCACAGAGCUGUUUGAGAGCCGGGUCAGGUCCCACCCACGCAAGGCAGCUCAUCAGGAAGGAGUUCUAUUGGACCAAGUGGCUGUCGAUCAGAUUAAUCUAGUUAGGCCAACUUCCCAUUGGCUGUCAAGCGGCUGUAUUCAGCCAAUGGUGCUUCGAGUUGGGAUUCUGUCAGGAGAGCAACCCCAGGCGGGUCAGGUUCAGUGCCUGAAGGAGUUUCAGGUGGGGCUGGAUGUGGCACAUGGGAUCGAUUUUUGGCAUGAGGGGCCUAGCGUGGCCCACACUGUGGGGAAAGCUCAAGGGGCAGUGGCAGUGAGGGCAUGAGCAGAAGGCCCUGUUGGGGGGGCCCCUCCUGAGGGGGCAGGGUGGCAAGGGCUGGCUCGUGAUGGGGCUAGAGGUGAGAACGGGGGAGGUGGGGUGAGGCCACUGGUGCUGGAACAAUUUGUAUAGUGCGUGGGGGUGCGGUGGGGUUGGGGGUGUGUGUGCUGAAAGCCAUUGAACAAUACGAAUCCCUCCUAUGAUGGAAAUCAAAGCCGGGGGUGCAGCCUCACCUAUAGGUGCUGGAACGAGGGGUGCUAUCGCUGUCUGACAGUAUUUGGGGGGGGGCCUACUGGCCCUGUAACUAGACAGCGGCCAGUGCCGCUGUGAAGGGCGGUGGGCUAAGCAGAGGGAAGGAGAGAGGGCUCUUGCUGUAAGAAGGGGAGGGUGUCCUAAGAGGAGGCUGCUGGAUUUCUCCUACAAUACAAAGCGCUACCUGUGAGAGGCACAGAGUGGGUGGUGCUUGACCUCAAGGUGGUAGGGGGAAUCGGUAUGUUUUAAAUUUAAAUCAUGGGGGGGGGGGAAUAAUGUUCUCUGUGGAGAAAAUGUGAAAUGUUAGGUAUUUUAUUUUUUUUCUAAACAUGGGUGGGCACUAGGUGGAACCAUCUCCUGAAAAAGUUGAAACUGCUGCCUCUUGCAAUCAUUCAGCCAGCCCCUGAAUGAGAGAACUGGCACUCCCUGGCAUCUGUAUGGGCCCACCUCACUGCUAAAGUUGAAAUGGAUUUCCUGUGGAAUGGGUCUGCUUGCAAAUAUGGAAACAAAGGCUCUCCCUCACUACCAUAUGGGCACCCUCCGCAAAUAUCUUUUUCGGUGUAUUUUGGGGUUCCUGAACAACAUCCCUGGAGUGAAAGCCUCAGUGUGUGUCUGUAUGUGGUUUUAAAAAAAAA